AUGAGGUCGCGUUACGGCUACGAUAUCGCGAUACUGUUGAUCCUAGGAGCUUUUCUGCUGGCCGCACAGCCAUCCAGUGCAAGCCGCGGCAACUCCGGCGAAUUCUCGACGCCAGCAGCUGACGGUUCCGCCGUCUACAUCGUUCGCUUGAAUGCCGCGCCUCCCCUCUCUGAAUAUCGCGGCGGAAUAGCGGGAUACCCUGCCACUGCCACGUGGGACGACGGCAGCGACGAGGAGGAAAGUGACGCCCUGCCGCAGAUGAUUCUCCCCGCUGGCGAUACCGCCGCCACAGCAGGCAGCGAAUCCGUCGAUCUGGACGACACAGACGGCGACCACCUCCUCUCCAACUCAGCUGCGCCCGCGCCGCCCGUGGCUGCAUUCGCGGGGCUUCUCCAGCGGCAGCAGGCGCAGGUGGCAUCUGAGGCGGGCGUACCCGAGGACGGGCUGCUCUACAGCUACUUAAACACCUCCAACGGCUUCGCCGCGCGCCUUUCGCCGCGCCAGUUGUGGCGGCUGCGGCGCCACCCCGCCGUGGCGUCUGUGCGCGCCAGCCGCGUGUUCCGCCGGCAGACCAGCGACUCGCCGCAGUUCCUGGGGCUGCCCGGGAAGGUGUGGCCGGCAGUGGGCGGGCAGAGCAAGGCGGGCGAGGGCACGGUGGUGGGGAUCGUGGACACGGGUAUCUGGCCCGAACACCCGUCCUUCAGCGAUAAGGGCCUCUCCUCGCAGCUGCCCGCGGGGUGGAAGGGCAAGUGCGAGCAGUCGAGCUCGUUCCGGUGCAACAACAAGGUGAUCGGCGCCAAGGCCUUCUAUGCCGGCUUCCAGCAGAGCAGCGGCAAGCCCGUGCUGACCAACGACUGGCUCUCGCCGCGAGAUGCGGACGGCCAUGGCACGUGGUGCGCUGGGGCAGCCGCGGGGAACCCCGUGAAGGUGAAGGGCGGCGGGCAGGUGAGCGGCAUGGCGCCGGCAGCGCGCAUUGCGGCGUACAAGGUCUUCUGGACGGACGGCAACGGGGACAUGUAUGCGACGGAGCCAGAUAUCAUCGCAGCCGUCAAUCAGGGCGUGGCGGACGGUGUGGAUGUGCUGUCGCUGUCUCUGGGCGGCGUGAAUCCCGAGGACAACUAUUUCAACGACCUUGCUUUCAUGCGCGCCAAUGCUGCCGGGGUGCUUGUCGCCUUUGCCGCCGGCAACGCCGGGCCUCCCGGUCGUGGUGGGUUCUACCGCACGCUUGACAACUUCGCGCCCUUCUACCUCACCGUUGGCGCCAGCACCAUUGCCCGAGGAGGUGCGUCCCUUGCCUCAACUGCUGGCGCUCAGUCGGUCGCUCUCAGCACUAGCAACAGCAACAUCAGCUGCAACGGCACCAGCGGCAGCAACAGCACGGAGGGCACGGACGGCAGCAGCACCGUUCUGACUGCUGACGGUGGGAUCACCUUCGCCUCCUCCUCCUCCUCCGCCCCGGUGGUGGCUGACUUCUCUUCCCGCGGCCCCCUGCUGCAGCCGUCCGCCACGGCCCAGCCGCCCAAGCCAGGCAACGCCAUCCUGAAGCCCGACAUCAUCGGCCCCGGAGUGGACCUCGUAGCCGCUGCUCCCGGCAACAAACCCGGCGAUACCGGUUCUCUUGCGCGCAUGUCGGGUACUUCCAUGGCCACCCCGCAUUUAGCGGGACUGGCCGCUUUAAUCAUCCAAAAGUACCCCAACUGGACCCCGGCGCAGGUGAUGUCAGCGCUGAUGACGACGGCGCGGGUGACGGACACGAGCAAGAGCGCCAUCAAGAGUGCGACGGGCGGGGAGGCCACCCCGUGGGAGAUGGGCGCAGGCCACGUGUUCCCCCCGGCCAUGCUCGACCCCGGCCUCACCUACGACGCCCGCGACCGCGACUACCAGAACUUCCUCGCCGGGCAGGACCUCAACUGCGCCAAAAAGGACUUCCCAGGGGUGCCGCUCUCGCCUCUGGCUGUCCGCAACCUCAACCUGCCCACCAUCACUCUGCCCCGCCUGCAGGGCUCCCUGCAGGUCACACGCACCGUCACCAACGUGGGGCAGUCCCGGUCCACAUACAGUGUAUCUGGGAAGCCCCCACAGGGGGUGAAGGUGACUGUGGGGCCUAGGAGCCUCACGCUGGCUCCCGGGGAGAAGGGGAGCUACACGGUGACGGUCACGGUUGAUACUCCCAGUAAUGACUUCAAGUACGGGUAUAUAGUCUGGGCUGAUGACCAGGGCCACAGCGUGCGGUCCCCCCUCGUGGUGCAGCCCAUCUCCCGCUGA